CCUAAAAUCCUAGACGCAUCAGACCAUUUAGUUUAGUUAGCCUAUAAACCAGACCUCCGCUCAUCUACUGGGCCACGUCCAGUCAACAUGCUGUCUAGAACACUGCUUUUGCUUGCUGCCAUUGGCGUGUUGGCCGUCGCUGCCGGACCGACGAACCGAACAACAUGCGAGUUACCAUGCGAAAUGGACUUUGAUGUGCAAGUUGGCAAAGCAUACACAAUCACUGGAGUACCGCUUCCCAGUACUGGACCAGAUGGUUUCUUCAUCAACCUGCAGGACGGACCGAGGAACAGCACGACUAACAUCGGAUUCCAUCUGAACGCGCGCGGGCAAGAAUCCAUCGUCAUCAGAAACAGUCGCAUCGGCGGUGAGUGGGGAAAAGAGGAGCGAGGUGGUGGCUACCCUUUCGUCGAGGGUCAGGAAUUCCAGCUGCUCAUCAUGGUCUUCACAGACAGGUACAGCAUCUAUGUUGAUGGCCGCCUGUAUGCUGACUACAUGCAUCGCUCGUUUGUCUGCCUGUUGAACAUCAUGCGUCUAGCCGGAGACUUCCAGCUUAACGACGUGCAGGAGAAAACACACUGGACUAGGUGCACUCCUGUGCCAACCCUUUAAGCUCGCUGUGCUCCUGCAGAUACGAGUCUGACUCGUGAGAUGCCCGCGCACGUGGCGACCCACAGGAGAUACUCGUUACGUUAGUUGCGGAUUCAGUCUUAGCUUUAGUUUGUGGUCUUAUUCUGUAAUGCCGAAUCGGGGGGCGCUAGAUCACUAGCUUGCAUCAUUAAUGUUGCAACCGGUAAUGAUUAUUCAAUGUCACUUUGAUCACGCAUGACAUAAUAAGCUAUAUAUAGCUAUAAAGCAGUGGAGUAUAUAUUCACUAUAAGCAGAUAUAGAAAGCUUUAUCAUCACUAUAAUUGGCUCACCAUCAGCAGCACAUGUCCGAUUAUCAUGCUAUCUAAUGGCCCUGUCACACAUUGACGAUUUAGCCA